AUGUACGGCACCAACGAUGUCAAUGAUGUUGUAACUGAGGAUGUCAAUAAUCGCACAACAGUGUCACUAGAGGAUAGAGAACUCGACGGUUUACAAAUGAUGACAGAAGAGGAAUGGACGGCCCCACCCAUGUUGCCUGUGCCCGAAAUUGAGAGCCAGCACAUCAGCCGCUAUUAUGGCAGCCUCACAAAAAUUAAGAAACCCUCUUUUAGUGCAUUAGUACAAGGUGAGCCAUCCACAUCGAUACAAAGCACAAACGAAAAGACGAAUGGAUGGACGGAUGGAUGGAUGGAUCGCACGUACGGACGAAUGGAUGGACGAUUAUCUGGAUGGAGUAUACGACCCGGCCAACACGAUCCCGAUUCGUUUACUGUUUCGAUUGUACAGCACCCUCAUCUCGCCAUUCGUCUGUCCACUUAUUCGCACUGCUUUUGCUAUCGCGCGUACAAGUAUUUGGAGGAACUCUACAGAAAGAAGCAAUCGGAUGUGUUCCGUUUCUUGUUGCGUGUUCGCUGCUGGGAAUUCCGUCAGUUGAACGUGAUCCACCGUGCCUCGCGUCCUUCGCGCCCUGACAAGGCUCGCCGACUGGGCUACAAGGCCAAGCAGGGCUACGUGAUCUAUCGUAUCCGUGUCCGUCGUGGUGGCCGCAAGAAACCCGUCCCCAAGGGUGCCACCUAUGGUAAGCCCGUCCACGAGGGUGUCAACCAGCUCAAGUACCAGCGCUCGCUCCGCUCCACCGCCGAAGAGCGAAUUGGCCGUCGUUGCGGCAACUUGCGUGUCCUUAACUCGUACUGGAUCAACCAGGAUGCCACCUACAAGUACUUUGAGGUCAUCCUUGUCGAUCCCUCGCACAAGGUUAUCCGUCGCGACCCCCGCAUCAACUGGAUCGUCAACCCCGUCCACAAGCGCCGUGAAGCCCGUGGUCUUACCGCCAUUGGCAAGAAGAGCCGUGGUAAGAACAAGGGUCACCGUUUCACCAAGACAAGUGGCAGUGGUCGCCGUGCUACCUGGAAGCGCAACAACACCUUGUCCCUCCGUCGUUACCGUUAA